GAUGCGCUACAUCGUGCCGCUCCCCCUGCGAGGCAUGUCUUCUCCACGCCACGCCGCCGCCGCCGCCGCCGCGCCGCCGUCGACCCUCCCCAGCUGAGCAGCCCCGCUCCCCGAGGCUCGGCGUUGGCCCGGCCCACCCGGCAGCUGUGCCCUCGGCUCCCGACGCCAGUCCCCGUCAUGACCUCCUCCUCCUCCGAUUCUGCCGGAAUCCGCUAAAUGGGAUUCGUGGCCGGCCCGAGGUUUCCACAGCAACUGGCCACCCGCUUCCAUUAUUCCUCUAAUGAGGACAGCCGUCAGGAUUGAACACGGCUUCUCGCAGCGCGUCUCCGAUUUUUAACUGAACCGCAAGACGCGUCCAAGGUCUGCACAUGGGGGCUGGCAAGAGCAAGCCCAAGGAACCCGGCCAGCGCUCCAUGAGCCUCGACGGCACCAUCGGCACCGGCUCGGACAGCGGGCACUUCCACCACCUGGGCCCGGCCCAGCAGACCCAGACCCCCAACAGGAGCCCUGCCGUUGGGACAGGCAGGCGUGGGCACCAGGGGCAGCACCAGCACGCCCCAACGAACACGCCGGUGCUGGCCCUGUUUGGAGGAGUGGACCACACAGGAACCAUCACCUCACCGCAGAGGGGACCUCUGUCAGGAGGUGUCACUACGUUCGUGGCGCUGUAUGACUAUGAGUCACGGACAGCAUCUGAUCUGACCUUUAGAAAAGGCGACAGGCUGCAGAUCGUCAACAACACGAAAAAGUACAGCUUCAGAGAGGGGGACUGGUGGCUCGCCCGCUCGCUGACGACGGGGGAGAGCGGGUACAUUCCCAGCAACUACGUGGCGCCGUCCGACUCCAUCCAAGCCGAAGAGUGGUAUUUUGGGAAGAUCACCCGGCGUGACUCGGAGAGGCUCCUUUUGAACCUCCAGAACAGGCGAGGGACCUUCCUGGUGAGGGAGAGCGAGACCACUAAAGGAGCGUACUGUCUCUCAGUGCUGGAUUAUGACAACACCAAAGGCCUGAACGUCAAACAUUACAAGAUCAGGAAGCUGGACAGCGGCGGCUUCUACAUCACCUCCCGAACCCAGUUCACCAGCCUCCAGCAGCUCGUCUUCCACUAUCGCAAGCACUCCGACGGCCUGUGCCACGCUCUGACGGACGUGUGCCCCGUGGCCAAACCUCAGACUCAGGGACUGGCCAGAGAUGCCUGGGAGAUCCCCCGAGAGUCCCUUCGCCUGGACCUGAAGCUGGGCCAGGGCUGUUUUGGAGAAGUCUGGAUGGGCACGUGGAACGGCACGACGCGCGUGGCCAUCAAGACCCUCAAACCCGGCACCAUGUCCCCGGAGGCCUUUCUCCAAGAAGCGCAGGUCAUGAAGAAGCUCCGGCACGAGAAGCUGGUGCAGCUUUACGCCGUGGUGUCGGAGGAGCCCAUCUACAUCGUGACCGAGUACAUGAGCCAAGGGAGCCUGUUGGACUUCCUCAAAGGCGAAGUGGGGAAGACUCUGCGUCUGCCCCAGCUGGUCGACAUGGCCGCGCAGAUCGCUGCAGGCAUGGCCUACGUGGAGAGGAUGAACUACGUCCACAGAGACCUGCGAGCCGCCAACAUCCUGGUGGGCGACAACCUGGUGUGUAAAGUGGCCGACUUCGGUUUGGCCAGGUUGAUUGAAGAUAACGAGUACACUGCCAGACAGGGAGCCAAGUUCCCGAUCAAGUGGACGGCGCCGGAGGCCGCUCUGUACGGCCGCUUCACCAUCAAGUCGGACGUGUGGUCCUUCGGGAUUCUUCUCACAGAGCUGGCAACUAAAGGCAGAGUCCCCUACCCAGGCAUGGUGAACCGCGAGGUGCUGGACCAGGUGGAGCGUGGCUACAGGAUGCCCUGCCCGGCCGACUGCCCCACCUCCCUGCACGAGCUCAUGCUCUCCUGCUGGAGGAGGGACCCGGAGGAGCGGCCCACGUUCGAGUACCUGCAGGGCUUUCUAGAGGACUACUUUACCUCCACAGAACCCCAGUAUCAGCCUGGGGACAACCUAUAGAACCACGCGCUGAGUCGAGUCCGGGAUCCCGGGGGAGGGGGAGGGGGGGGAAUUGACCUCAGGAGUGCCUGUGAUGUGAGCCUGUCAAACGCAUCUGGGAGAAACUGGGUUUUAGCGAGGAAGCGAGUAGAGAUAGGAACCGCUGCAGGAGAGCGGACGCGAGGCCCAGCGCCACCGGGAGAACCCCUGCCGGACCAACUGUGGCUCCAAGCGUUUCAGGCGCGCCCGUCGUGGGAGGCAGCGAAUCAGGAUCCACAAACUGAGCGACGAUGAAAGAACGGAGCGCCUGUCGAGGACGGAUGUUUUAAAGGGGCAUGAGCUGUUUAGCGAGAACCUCCCUCCCGGCGUGCGUUUCCCCUGGUCUGGUUCUGAAGGGCACCGGCGCCGUGGCCCGGGUGCCGAGCGGCGGCUGCUUUUCUUAGAACUUCCUUUACGUUCUGCCUCUCCUCUUUCUCUACUCCUGACUUUCAGUAUCUGUCUCCAGUUUCCUCAAGUGCUGCUUCUUUCAAAGUGUCUCCAAAAUAACUCCGCUCUGUGCAACUCUUAUUGUUUUUUUUCAACUAACUUCUGCUUCCUGGUUUAGGGUCUGUGUUCAGUGGCAACUGGGAAGUUCCCGAUUCCUACUUAUUUUUCCUGUGAUUCAUAAAUUGCUUAAGAUUUGAGAAUCUCCCUCAUGGGGACAUAUCUGGGGGAAAUUUAGCUUCUGUAAAUUUAGAAAAUUAGAUCAUCUCGGUAGAAAAUAGCUCAUCUGUGACCGGCCACUGCAGACUGACACGUCCAACCUCACUGAUUUGAAUCAUUUGAAUUAUAUUGGUGCAGGGAGUGUUUUCACCGACCUUUCUAUAGAACUGCAUAGCUGAUAAUAUUGGGUUGAGUCACAUGGGGUCAUUUGGCUGCAGUCGCUGCCGCACCGAUCAAAUUAUCUUUUACUCUUUUAAUUUUAAACUUAAGCUCACGGUGGGAGAAGCCUCCAUCAAACAAAUCCUUAACGUCAUCUACUGUAUAUGUCCAUACAGAUUUAUUUUCACGGCUUUUCUUGGGGUUUUGGGAUCUCAACAUUCUUUAUCAAGUACUUAUGGGUCGUCAUGUCAGUUAAAUGGAAGGAUUCAUUUCGGAACGAGGCCACGUUUGAUCAGGCAGCACUGGAAACGCUGCUCCUGACGCCGUGGAGCAGAAUGAGCCGCUAAUCGCAUGCUUUGUGCCGUUCUCUUGUCCAUUGGCUGCCAUUAUAUUUAUGCUGUGCCGUACAUCCGUAUGUCCAUCCCGGGCCAUCGAUCUGCUGUACACUUACUUUGCCGUCUUCUUCACCGCUGCCGGGUCUCAACCUCACACUGUACAUACUCUCCUCAGCGCUAGUUUCGUAUCACGUAUGUUCCCGGGGGGCCGGCCUUUCAUUUGGGUGACACACGUUUCACGGUGGUUCGGUUCAUGGCGUCGGCGAAGCAGUAGAUGUAACUAUAGAUCGUUGCCACAGACACUAUGAUGACGGUGGAGUCAAAGUGAGCCACGCAGCAAUAAGAGACACGGUAGCCAGUAUUAACCCCAGGACAUCAUUAUGGAGUAAUGAUGAUGGUUACCUUAAUGAAUAACAUGACGAUUGGAGAACCGUAAUGGAAAAGGAGGUCAAAGAUGUAAAUAGUAUCCUAAACAAAUGACUGUGACUAUCAUGUAAUUUGUUUUUGUAUAGUUUUUCUUUAUUCCACCUCCACAUCGAGGUUUUUACAACGAUGCACGCCUGCUCUCAAAACGUUUUAAUGCAAAGGUGCCACUGGAAACCAACGUUUUACUUCAAAUAUAGGAUUUAAUAUGAAACUGUGUGUUUGAAACGAUUUUUAAAUUCGGUUUGUGUCCUGUAUUUCUAAGACGUAGUCUUCGAUCAGAGCUUUACCCUGUUUGCUGUGACAAAGCCAGCGGUUUGUCACUGGGACGCUGUGAAAAUGGACGGGCUCGAGACGAGGAUGAGUAACAGCGCGGCCCCGUUGGAUUUUCUUGUGCCAUAUUACAGAAUUUUCUUGCUCUGUUCUGCUUUAUUAAUUUAUUUUUUAAUAAAUCUAUGCAGUUUAGGUCGAGCAUUCCUGCAACUUUAUGGCCAUUUUGUUCUAAAAUCAAAAUUAAAGAGCAGAAUCUGAAGGUGUGAGCAUUUUGUAAGGACUUCUUUUGUUUUUUGUUUUUUGUUUUGUUUGUUUUUUCUGAUGUAACAAAAUGGGUUUGAAAUGGGUAUUGUGCCACUUUAUGUUGAUCUUUAAAUGUGCAAUAAAUUAUAUUUCAAAUGUG